UGCCUACAACUUGGGCACUCCUUCAGUCUAGAUGUUGAUGGCAGGACAAAGGGGUGCCUGGACUAUGGGUGACGUGGUAGAGAAGAGUUUGGAAGGACCCCUGGCAUCUCCUACAGAUGGACCCUCCCAGAAAAGGGGAGACCUAGUAGAAAUCUUAAAUGGGGAUAAGGUAAAAUUUGACGACACGGGGCUCUCCUUAAUUCUGCAGAAUGGCCUGGAGACCCUCCGACUGGAAAACUCUCUGACAGAUGUCAUCUUAUGUGUGGAUAUCCAGGAAUUCUCCUGCCACCGCGUGGUGCUUGCCGCGGCCAGCAACUAUUUCAGAUCGACAUAUCUAAGUAAAAGGCUUUUCCAUCAUCCUGAGUCACGGGAUGAAGAGCCUCGUGAAGAGCAUUUCCUACGGAUGGUGGAUGCCUGUGCCAGCUUCCUCACAGAAGCCUUGAACCCAGAAAACUGUGUGGGAAUACUGAGGCUGGCAGACACACACUCCUUGGACAGUCUAAAGAAGCAGGUUCAGAGUUACAUCAUCCAGAACUUUGUGCAGAUUCUAAAUGCAGAGGAGUUCCUUGAGCUUCCUGUGGACACUCUGUAUCACAUCUUGAAGAGUGAUGACCUUUAUGUGACUGAGGAGGCUCAGGUGUUUGAGACUGUGAUGAGCUGGGUCCGGCACAAACAGUCGGAACGACUUUGCUUGCUCCCCUACAUCCUGGAGAACGUGCGCUUGCCACUUCUGGACCCGUGGUACUUUGUGGAGAUGGUAGAAGCAGAUCCUCUCAUCAGGCAGUGCCCAGAGGUGUUCCCGCUGCUCCAGGAAGCCAGGAUGUACCACCUUUCUGGCAAUGAGGAAAUUAUGGGAGAAGCUGUAUUUCUGACACCCUGUAGUGAUUUCCGAUGCUCUGCUUCUCUUCUAGGUGGCAAAGAAACACAGCACGAUGUUUGGAAAUACAAUUCUUCGAUCAACAAAUGGAUUCAAAUUGAGUAUUUGAACAUAGGCCGCUGGAGGCAUAAGAUGGUGGUGCUGGGUGGCAAGGUGUAUGUGAUCGGAGGUUUUGAUGGCUUGCAGAGGAUCAACAACGUGGAGACCUACGACCCCUUCCACAACUGCUGGUCAGAGGUUGCGCCCCUCCCUGUCCAUGUCAGUUCCUUUGCAGCCACCAGCCAUAAGAAGAAACUCUACGUGAUUGGGGGAGGGCCCAAUGGGAAACUUGCCACAGACAAGACUCAGUGUUAUGACCCUUCAACCAAUAAGUGGAAUUUUAAGUCAUCCAUGCCAGUGGAGGCUAAAUGCAUCAAUGCAGUGAGUUUCCGGGACCGCAUCUAUGUCGUUGGUGGGGCCAUGAGAGCGCUGUACGCCUACAGCCCUCUGGAGGACAGCUGGUGUUUGGUGACUCAGCUCAGCCACGAGAGGGCCAGCUGCGGCAUCGCGCCCUGCAACAACCGGCUCUACAUCACGGGGGGCCGGGAUGAGAAGAACGAGGUCAUCGCCACGGUGCUGUGCUGGGACCCCGAGGCCCAGAAACUGACUGAGGAGUGCGUCCUGCCCCGCGGAGUGUCGCAUCACGGCAGUGUCACCAUCAGGAAGUCGUACACCCACAUCCGGAGGAUCGUGCCGGGAGCAGUGUCAGUCUGACAGAGGGGAAGACGGAGACGUAAGGGGAGGGGAGGGGGUGCGGGCUGGAGCUCGAGCCAGGAGGCCCUCCGCACCCCUCACCCUGUCCGUCCAUCUUCAGACAGCGGGCGGGCUUGGGUUUUUGGCCAUUAAUCAGGGAAUCCCUUGGAAGCAUAGCUUUAGGACACUCGAGAGCAGCCAGGAAUGUUUGCGUGACCUACCUCAGGAGAGAAGAAGAAGAAUAGUUAACAUUCAGGACAAUAUCUGCUCCAUGCCAGGUUCUAUGCCAGGAACUUUUGUAUAUCAAGUCACUUAACCAUCAUAAUGACCUGGUGGCUGGAUAUUAACACUCCUCUAUUUUACUGAUGCAUUUCGGAGAGGCUAAAUGAUUUGCCCCAGGCCACUCUGAUUGGAAGUAGCUAAACCAGGAGUCUAAACCCAGGUCUUUCAAUUUCAAAGUCAGUGCCCUUACUGCCAUGUUGUUUAUCUCAAAGCAGGAAACAAAAACAAAAACAAUACCCCCAAUUUUUUUUUGUUGUUGUUCUGACAAGUUUGCUAAAGGAUUCACUCAGCAAAGCAGGGAAAUAAAUGUGUUUUGUUUUUCUUCUCUCUUCCCCCUCCUAUUUAAAUGGUCUGUAAUCCUUGGUGUUGGAGCUUGGGCUCAUUGUCAAGAGUUUCUCACAGGUCGUUCCAUCUGACAGGUCUAGGGAGAUGGAUCUGGGAAGGCCCGUUUGCUUUGAAAGAGGUAAAAGACUUGUGUUCUGUUCUCCCCCAUCAAAAGCCUCUAUUGUUUUUAGGAUCACAGGAGGCCCAUUUUUGGACUAGAACUGUCAUUACCAGACAGAAUUGUACCUUCAGCACAGUCCAGUGUCCUGGCCUCUUUAUGUCUAACCAUUGUACUGCCAUGUCCAAAAGAGGUUCCCAGAGACAGAGAGCACUGUUUUAAAAAGACAAACAUCCUAACAUGGCUGGCCACUGCAGGAACGACCGACUCCUCUUGACAAUAUACUUCCCACUUUUCAGAUAGCGAUUUGGGUCCAUGUCCCUGAGACCCCCCCACUCCUGGAAACUUAGUGUUCGUUCCUUUUAAGCCCUUCUGUUUGUUUUUUUUUGUAUCAGCUUGGCACAAUUUUGACUUAAAGAACAGAGUCUGUCCUUCACUCAAAGUGCUAGAGCUUUCAGAUGAGCUCACUGCAAAUUCAUUCUAAUCCCCAAGUUGGCAAAACAGAUUAAGAGAUCCUGUUUCGUAUGCUGUAUUUAAAAAGCAACAACAAUGGUAACAACAUAGUAACUGCAUUACCCAAUGUGCUUUAUUUUCAUCAUAUGAUUUCAAAUCUCUUUAUAGAGUUUUAUUUCAUGUUAGAUGUGGCAUAUUGUGACUGUACUUCUCAGCAGUUUGGGAAGUUAGAGGUAUUAGAGUUGAUAGUGAAUUUAAUUUUCAUAGAAAAGUUAUGACUGGAAGAAGCUAACAUUCAAAGCAGAUAAAAAAAGACUUGGAAUAUUACAAGUGAGAUUUCUGUUUAUUAUACUUAGAUCAUUGAGGAUAAAUUAAAUGCAUGUUGGUGUAUGAAAAACUCUAUGCCUUAGGGUCAUGUGUGACAGUUCAGCUACCUGCUAUGAAACGUAAGAUGGGAAAAUGCAAACACAUUUGUAGAAAUUUAGAACAAAUAUAUCACUUACUCAUGAGCACUAAUAACCUUAAAACAAAGCUCUCAACUGAAACAAUUUAAUCUAAUUCAGUUUGGCAAACAUUCAAGGAGUUCUUUAUGUUUGUCAAGCCUUGGGGACACCAAUGACUAAGACACAUCCCCACCCUGGAGACUCGAUAAACAGGUAAAUAGGCCACUAGUCAAUAUUAUAAUUUUCCUUUUGCCAUGUUAGCAAAAAAGGAGAUGUAUGCAAAGUGAUGAGGCUGCAUCCACGUCUUUAUUGUCCUUCCAAGUGACCUCCCUGGGAGGCUGUGCCCUUAGGUUCACGAUGUGGCCUCUGCUUACAUGGUUGUUUUUGUUUGAGAUCACCUUCAGAAACUAUUUACGAACUAUAGGAGAAUCAGUGAUAUUCCAAAGAUGGUUUCAGGGAAGAACUUCCCAAGACGAUAUCCAAUGACAGCAUCACUGGCAUGCACAAAGAGCAUCCCCCCGAAAGGCAGCUCCUUGUCAUGGCUGUCCUUUGAUAAGAGCAGUCAGCAAAUUUUUAGCCCAUCAACAGGUCAAUCCUAUGCUAGGAGAGUGAAGAUUUAGGAUCCCUGUGUUAUAAAUUUGGUUCUAAAUGCGGGACCCAAGUUUCAGGACUAGUUCAGAAUACCUAAAUGAAGACAAAGAAGUAAUUCUAUAUGCUGUUUAUAUGCAGGUGACUUGUGGUAAAAUCUCAGGUGGUUGGUCCUCAAGAAGUGGGGAUUCUCAAUAAUGGUAUAGCAGCGUUCCUCUUAAGACGAUCCAGAGUUCUGCACUUGAAGCUGCCAGUCUGUGGCUCUUAGGGAAAGAAAACUUUUCAAGUCAUUUUGGGGAAAUUUAUAUCAUCAGGAUUUAAGCUUCUAGGCACUAGCAAAGGAUAGAAGCUCUCAAAAUAUAAUUUUCAUUCCCAGAUAAACAAAUGAAAAUCUGGUUUGCAGCAAGUUAACUGUCAUAACCCAUCCCACCAGCAGGGGGAUGAGGACUACUGUUGCCGGAGAGCUAGAAACCCAGGACCCCAGGACUCAGGCAGGGAGGGUGGGAAGCCCCAGCAUGGUGGACUGGAUCUUGAUUCAGGUCCUGUGAGUGAACAGAGCAUCCCUGGCUGGGAGGAGGAGGAUGAAGAAGGAGGUCAAGUUUAAGGGAAAUGAUAGCUCUAGAAAAUGAUAUCUGAGGCCCAGGAGUUUGUGAGCAUGACUCCAUUCUCAAGAAUGGUAAGGGGAGAAAUAAGGAACAGGGGUUCCAGGAAGCAACCCACUUCUGAGAAGUGAGGCACAAGUUAGAACAGGACUAGCAGUGAGACCCAUGUGCUUUGGGGCCCUCUGAGCUGCUUGGCUGGGUCUCCUACCUUACUGGAACUAGAGAGGAUGAGGCCCGGAGAUGCAGGUGGGGUAGAACUUAUGGGGGAGGUUAAGGGACCCCAGUUGACAAAGCUGGUUUUAAACUGGCAGGCAGCUAAGCUCAUCCAAACACCAACAAAUAAAUGUUUUCUUCUUAGCUCUCAUCACAUUCCGCUGUCAAUGACUUCAUCACACACACACACACACACACACACACACACACACACACACACACUGUCCAUGAACCCAAAGUAAACUAUGCUCUCAGGGAAAUGCAAAUACCCUUUGCUUAUAGCUGUGAAAAGUAUAGCUUUGCUAUUUAUAAAAAUCCUUGAGGUACUGUUGUUAUCUACUUAUCCUACUUGAUUUUGAAAAAGAAAAAGUACUCAAAAAAAUUUUCAAAGUGGGUAAACACCAUUGGAAUUUCUUUUGUAAAUUUCUAACUUUGGGCUGCAAAAUCAUUUUUUCCCUUAAUGUCUGAUCUCGGUGUUGUAAUAGAUCUCAUAAUACAAAGAGUCAAGCUUUAUGGAAAUCCACUAUUAUUUUAAAUAUGGCUAUUAUAAAACCAGUUUUGUCAGGUUGGAUUUUCAUAUUUAUAGGUAAAAAUAGUCAACACUUAGUUAACCACAUCCUUUAAGUAUUUCGGUUAUGUGAGUUUGUAUUUUUUUCAGUGAUCAAACUAAGGAUAUUGUUUUUGGUAAAUAUACAAAUAAAGUUUUUAUUUAUUCAA